AUGGCCACCGCAACAGAGCGCAUCCACGCCCUGAACCCCUUCUCCAAGAGGGAGUCUCAUGGCGCCAGGACCAUCACGACAUACAAGGUCCUGACCAUUCUGAGUUGGCUCUUGGCCCUCAUCGUCACCCUCUACUACACCGUCAACGAGCCCCGCGAUGGCUUCACGAUUCGCAGGAGAAUCUGGGACCAGAACUACCUGUACCCCACCGCCUUCACACUGAACUCGGUCAUCGUUGACAUCUACUGGAUUGUCCUAUUCAUCUUGCAAAUUGGCUAUGUCGCCCACCUUUUUUCGAGCAAUAGCGACUAUGUCAAUGCUGCAGCAAGCGUUGGAUCCCACUUUAUCUUGAACAACCUUCUGCACUUCGCCUUUGUCAUGCUCUUCGUCCGCUCCCACUUUGUCUGGGCCGAGAUCAUUCUGCUGAUCAACUUCGCCAACCUGUCGUCGUUGUACUUCCGUCACAACACGUACCCGCGCUUCAUUCACUGGCCGGUCGUUUCUGCUCCUCUGGCGUGGACAUUUGUGGCUAUCUACUGGAACGGUGCCAUCAUGGUCCCUCACCCCCACAGCCUGGUUGCCCGCAUCUUUGGCAACAUAUUCAUCUGGUCUAUCCUCGUCUACGGUGGCUUCUUCAUCGUCGCCUACAAGGACUACACCAUUGGCUUCUCUCUCAGCGUUCUGGCUGCCGCCAUUGGUGUUGCUCAAUUCCACCGUCAAUUCAUUGCUUUCCAGUGGAUCUUUGCCUUUACCAUCAUGGCUGUCCUGUUCGUCUCGACGAUCGUCGUUGCCUACCCGGCUGCGAGCGGCAAGGACUACCCCUGGAGGAGCCGCUCUUCGGCCCCUGCCGACCAGGAGCGCGCUCCUCUUCUCUCCAACGACCAGUAA